ACAACCUCGAUAUGUAGUCUAUUUUCGAUAAACUCUCGACUAAUUAAUUUUUUUUUUUUUUUAAAUUUUGUAUCAAAUCAAAUGGAAGAAAGGAGCAAUAUUUUUCUACUAACCAACAAAUAGAAUUUGAAAAGAGGGAUUUAUAUUCUACUUUUUUGAAACUUCCAAAAGAAGGCUAAAAAGGAAGUGGAGAGACAGUAAAGUGUUCAGAAAAUCUUUGAGAUUUUUGUGAUGAAGACACAAAUGGGUCAACGAAAACAGCUAAACAAACUUCCAAUUACAGAUGAUGGAGUCAAUGGGGUUGAAAAUUUAUCCAAGAAAUGCAACCAACAGUAUAAUCACUGGGCUUUUUUGGAUCAAAUUGAGGCCCCUAUGUGGGUGGACAUUACCUUGGAAUGUAAAUCUGCCUAUCAAGACAUGGACGAUGAAUGGUUCCAUAUAAGCCAUCCGUUUCACCAGGCUUCUUCUCGAGAGUUGAAGUCCGCGUUUUCUCACUCUGGAGAGAGUUCCAUAAACCUGGACUUGGGCAUGCAGGGAUCAUCUUCUCCUAAGCUCCCGCCGUCAGUUUCAAGAUCAAGAGGCAAAGAUUUCCGAAGCAGACAGUGGAGUCGAGAAGAUCAGAGGCUUAGCUUGGAUAAGAAACAUCCAGUUAAGCACUUAAGUAAAGGGGGUUUAGAAGCUGAUAAAGUAAUCGAGCGUAAGACAAGCCAUAAAAAAUUAGCCAGCGCUGCUGCUUUAGACUCGGAUUCUGCUUGUCAAAGACCAGCUCUCAGUUCCAGGGACAAAAUGAUUAGCUCGAAUUCGUUGGCUGUCUAUAGCGACAAAGCCCAUUCAAUAAGCAGCUGCAUUACAUCGGAGAAUGGCGAACAGUGUUACAAGCAAGAGUUGUGUGUUAGUGAUUCUUCAAGCGCCGUUACAUCUGAAGCCUGUGGAAAGAAGUCUUUUGAAGUUCCCGGUCGAGUACUCAGUCAAACUACUGGGUUAUUGUCAUCUCUAAGAGUAAGUUUGAGGAAAAGUUGCGUUACAAGACAAGCAUCAAGGAUGGAGGUAAACGUUUGUAGGCAAUCAGAAGGUCGGAAAUCUUCCUCAAGUAAAUCGAGUGUAGGAUCUUCUUCAAUUCCCUACGAAGAAACGGAAACUGAGAGAGAAAAUAAAGAGAAAACCCCAGAUAGCAGAAACGUAACUCCAACCGUAGAAGCGAAACAAGCUAAUACGUCCAAGGCUCCUUUUCAAGCUCAUAAGAAAACUUCUUUCCCUAAAAUGGUUACCGGAAGAUCUGUUUCUUCGUUGUCUGUUCCCAGUGAAACUACCAAAACAAAGGUUCAUCCGAAUAAUGUACAAAGAAAAGCUUUGGUUCCUCAAAGAACCAAUGGACGUGUAUCCUCAACUUUGGUCUCGAAGCCUAGCGGAAGAAUUGGAAGUGGCCAGUAUAGAAGGUUUGUGAGCAGCGGUAAAGAGAAUGCUGUUGUGAGAACGGGUAUGAGCCAGAAGUCAAUUUGCAAAGACAAUCAGGGGUGUAGUACAAAAUUCUCGAGCUACAAAAAUGAGAAUAAAAGAAGCUGCCAGAGCACAAAGUCGAGUGGCGUUAUGGUGAAUCCAGAUAACAGAAGGGAGGUCACGAAUCGUGCAAAUGUAAAGAAGAAGGCUUUCUACUGAUAAAAGAUUGAAACCUGUAUGUAAAUAGUACACACUCUACCUCUUCCAUUCUCCGCUAACUGCGCAAUGAACAUGUGUAGGCGACAUGUAGAUGGUCUAGUAAUGUCGAAUUGAUUUCGCGAGGUUCAUCGUAUUGCUAUGCUGCAAUAUUUGAAGUGCCCCGGAACACGUUUUACUGUCUGGUUUACAUGGCAAUAUUGAAAGAGGCUUAAUAUUGUUGUUGCA